AUGGAUGAGAUCCAUUUUGUCAUUUCGAGUUGUAUCUUUGUUUUUGAGACCAAGGUUUUUUCUAGGAAGUCCCAUUGUGGUCAAGUAAAUGCCUAUUCGGGGGCCCUAGAGAAGGAGACUGAAGAAAUGGGACAUGGUGCGGUCAUUCAUGAUGACGAGGGUCAUUUUCUUGCUGCACUUGACUAG